ACGCGCUCGGGCCUCGGCCGCCGUGCUGCGUGCACAGCGUGCACUGUGCAGAGAAGCUGAGCAAAAAGAUGUCUAUUUCGCUCUGACUGUCAUCGUGGAUUCACGUGCGAGUCACCCGGCGAUACAGGACGGAUUAGUCUCAGCGAGAUAUUUGGAUAUUCGUAAAAAGGGAGAGAGAACCGCGCGAGAGAUGAGCAUUGCGUGUCAACAUCAGCCUCCGACGGAGACUGAGGUCACUGAGGUGGUGAAGACGGUGAAGACGUUGAAGAGACGCCAUUCUGACGAUGAUCACAUGGAAAUACUGGUGCCAGCACAUAGGCGCUCAUCUCUAAAAGAGAAUUGGGUGAAAAUAUUUACGCCCAUCACAGAGCGGUGUCGCCUACAGAUCCGUUUCAAUGUGAAGAAAAAAUAUAUAGAAAUGAGACCAUCACGAGAGACCUCGGACAUGUCGUCCAUGCAAAAAGCAGCAGAUUUUGUCAAAGCAUUCAUCUGUGGAUUUGAGGUGGAGGAUGCUUUGGCGCUGCUGCGCCUGGACGACUUGUUCGUCGAGUCCUUUGAGAUACAGGACGUCAAACAGCGGAUAAAAGGCGAUCACCAGUCUCGGGCGAUCGGGAGACUGGCGGGCAAGGGCGGCAGGACAAAAUACACGAUCGAGAACAUGACAAAAACGAGAAUUGUGUUAGCAGACACAAAAAUACACAUUCUCGGAUCGUUCAAAAAUAUUAAAAUGGCUCGCAGAGCAAUAUGUAACUUGAUAUUAGGCAGCCCACCCUCAAAAGUUUAUGGGCAGUUAAGGAACAUGGCUGGCAAGGUGUCGGAUCAAUUCUGGUAGCCAUGUUCCAUUUGUUUAUAAUGUAUAUAUACGUACUUGUAUAAAUAUGUAUAUCCUCGUGUACAAUUAAGAAAUUAUUUUAUAUACUUGCUAUUAUAAUAAUACAUAUGUACAUAUAUACAGUUUUGUACUUAAUAUUGUACGUGACAUAUCGCAUAGGUACAUUAAAUAUACAAGAAACAAUUUUA